AAUAAGCCCCCCCCUUCCUCCUCCCUCUUCCUCCCUCCCUCCCCCGGAUCCUGCACCCCCAUCCAUACACACACAUUGAUCCAUACUCCAUCCACAACACCACCACAAAGAAAAGAAAAGGAAGCCAUGGCGCCGAGAACAUCGGACAAGACGGCGACGCCUGCUGCUGCGGCGGCGGGGACCGGACUGGCGCUCGGCGUCGGCGGCGGCGGCGCUGCCGUCGGGCCACACUACAGAGGCGUGCGGAAGCGUCCGUGGGGCCGGUACGCGGCGGAGAUCCGCGACCCGGCCAAGAAGAGCCGCGUGUGGCUCGGCACCUACGACACGGCCGAGGAGGCCGCCCGCGCCUACGACGCCGCGGCGCGGGAGUACCGCGGCAACAAGGCCAAGACCAACUUCCCCUUCCCCUCCGCCGCCGUCACCGGAGGCGGCGGCAGCAGCAACAGCAGCACCGUCGAGUCCUUGGGCGGAGACGUUCAGGAUCAGGCGCCCAUGCAGGCCAUCCCGCUUCCGCCGCCUUCCCUCGAGCUCGACCUCUUCCACCGCGCCGCCGCCGCCGCCGCCGGCCCCGGUGGCAUGCGCGGCUUCCCUUUCACCAGCUACCCUCUGUCGCAUCCCUACUACUUCUUCGGGCAGGCGGCCGCGGCCGCCGCCGCCGCGGGCUGCCACGCGCUCAAGCUGUCGCCGCCGGUGACCGUGGUGGCCACCGUGUCCCCGAGCGACUCCGGCUCCUCGUCGGUCGUGGAUCUGGCGCCGUCGCCGCCCGCCGUGUCGGCAAAGAAGGCCGUCGUCGUUUUUGAUCUCGAUCUGAACUGCCCGCCGCCGGCCGAGUCCUGAUCGAUCCCCGGAGUUUAAUUAGCUGAUUAUAACCGCUAGUCGUUCCUUCCUUCGCCUUUUUUCCCUUAGAAGAAGAAAUUCCAUGUACCUUCAUGCCUAGCCUAGGCCGCCCCUCUUGCGUAACGGAGGCAAGGGCAAUUCUGUAAAUACGAUUUUUUUUUCGCCAGAGACUUUUGUGGCUUGAGAGGAAGACCAAAGAUGUAUUGUCACCCAAGAGGCCAAGACAGGUCCUGCCGGCGUUGUUACGGACCGAAUUAUAUCGAGUUAUUACUACUUUAACAGCCUCGAGAAACUACUUGCAAUUCAAUAAUUGAACAGUUUAUUAUAUUUU